UUAAAAUAUCGUGUACAAGAACAGUAAAAAGAAACAGCAUACGACUUUUAAGAAGAAAUUCAAAAGAUCUGAGGAUAGUCUGACGCCUGGCGGUUCCGCAAUGGCGACGGACAGAGAGGAUUCUCGGACGCUUCAGAUUCUAGAAGACAUUCGACUCCACGCCGGCGCUGAUGUGCUGCGGAGCCACAUCCAGAGAUGCUCGCGCCAAAAGUUAGAAUCCUGGAAGGACGGGCAUGGUCUGGAUCUCCUUCACUAUGCCAUCAUGGAAAACAGUUACGUGGCGGCCGGCACCUUUUUUGGACACGGCUUUUUCAAACCCCCGCACGAGCCCUCAACUGCGACCUGGUCCUAUGUUCACAUGGCUGCGGCCCUAGGCUACCGCUCAAUCCUCUCGCUGCUACUACAAGAGCGACCCUAUGACAACAGAAAGAUGGUGUUAGACUGGGUGACAUUCAAACGCAUUGUCAUCCCUAAACUAAACACCAGCAAGACAGGUCCCACUGUACUGCCCGACACCUGCGAGGAGCGCAGCUUCCCGCUGUGGCCAGUGGAUGUAGCCGCCCGCUUCGGUCACUUGGCGUGCGUCAAGCACAUCCUGGACUUCCACAUGCUGCGGGAACCCAGCAGCUCAGGCGGGACCACUCGCAGGAACGCCGCUGGCUACCUGGACAUGGCCUGUCGCCUCGACUCGCCUUUCGCGCUGCGACUUCUGCUGACGGAAAGCGACUCCAACGGCAACGCUUCUGCCGACGUCAAGAGCGCACUGGACGUGGCGCUCAAGACGGCCAAGCCAGAGUGCGUGGACGCCCUCCUGCGCCAUGGCGUCGACGUGAAGUCCAUGUUUGGGGGCAUGAACCUGUACCACGUCCUCUUCGCCUACAGCAAGUCCUUCCAGGAGGGCGCCUUCCCCGGCUCGCUGGAGACGCUGACGUCAGUGCUGCUACGUCAAGGACAUGACGUUAACGCCGCACGGCCCUCGCGCACCUUCCCUCUGUACAGCCUGCUGCGAUGCACGCGACUCACGGAUGUGGCAAAGACGGCCCCUGCUGUGUUGGCCUCCUUACUCCUACUUUUGCAGGCUGGUGCAGAUCCAAAUUUCGAUGAGGUGCUGGUUGAAGAAGCUGUGCAUGACGAGGAGCACGAAACAGCUUUCGGCAGGUGGCCGUACUCUUCGGCCCUCCACUGUGUGAUGGAUGCAGCCGUAAACUAUGCGGAAGAGGUAACAGACAAGGAGAACGUCAGCAUGUACAUGUACAAGUGCUGCGAACUGCUCUUACGUCACGGCGCCGACCCCAGCUACGUCAGCAAAUACCGCAACCACUACGACGUUGUCCGACGCGGCAAUGUCCUGCACGCCUUCGCCGACGCGGCGGCGGCGCUGAAUCACGUCGACCGAGCCUGUCUGCUCUGCUGCUACGUCACGGAGCGCGGGCUGACAUUCCCGUGGACGGCAUGUACCCUCUGACCCUGUACUGCGAGGCCAUCACCAAGACGGAACCCAGCAGCCAGAACCGACGUCAGCAUUCCUCGACUGUGGACGUGGCGGCGGACGUAGAGGUAGCCAUACACGUCAGACGCAUGGCGCGGAUGUUGGGCUUCAUGCCUCACGAGGCACACGUGGCCUGUGAACGAAUCAUUCGCGCCAAGGUUCGCAUGGGCUACUCUAACCCCUGCUGGAAAGUAGCCCUGCGAGAAGUGGAGAAGUUUACCCUUGAGGUGAGCUGCCUGCAGCGGGUGUGUGCCCUGGAGGUGUGGAAGUCGUGCCGAUAUCACGUGGGCAAUGUCUACAAAGCUCCCCAUCCCCAAUGCUCUCAUCAGUGUGCUCAUGAACCAGCUGUGACUGUCAUCUCUGAAGCCUUCUUAUACUCCAUUCGUUCUUUUUACAAUAGUUACCCAUAGUUACCCCGAAGUUUCCGUAACUCAGAAACACUGACGCUAGUUGAUUUCGAAGACUCUUCACGUUGUGCUUUUGGAUGGUGAAAAUUGAGCACAAAGUGGACUGAUGGAAAAUCUCUAUAGAAAUGACUGGCUGAGAAAGUUCGUUACCCUAGACAUUUACUUGAAAAUGUACCUCAGGUGGAGAAGAGAGUACCAACAAGUGUAAAUUUACCGAAUAAACUGUGAAAAUACAAAACAAGUUGACGAAGCACCUUUUAUUGAUGCAUAAUUGUUUUGUAUACGUUUAACAUUUUGGCUUCGUUGAUACUUUGCUGAACUCCUGUUCUUCAAACGUUUUUCUUUACUCUGCGUGCGUGUAUACGAGUGAAUAUUUCUGGAUGUAUAUUGCGUAAUAUGAGCAGAUUCCUGAGAAUGUGGGAAUCCGCCCCGGGAUCAUGUUAAGCAAUAGCUUCCGUGUAUUGCAAAAUUGCUAACUUCAAGCCAACUUUUCUAUAAACAUAAUGGCUGACUUUAGGCUGUAGUCAAAAUGACGUGUAUUUAAUCAAGUCAAGUGGGAGUCAUUUUUAUGUAGAAAAGUUUUCAGAAAUUAAGUUGUCUAAAAGCGACAUAUAAACAGAGGGUUCCUCAAUAGAUGGUGAUUCUGGUUAGAAUGUGUUCUGCUACAUGUCAUUUGGGAUUGCGAUUUGCGCUACUUAUUCAUGCACGAGGGCAGUUUGAGAUACAAUAACGAGAGCAGUGUACUCAAACAUUGCUCGAACACUCGAUCAUCACCUGACCCGGAAAUUGCUUAAGCUCCGUGUUUAACGUACACAAUAGUGUGCAUAAGGUUUGAUGGGACGUUAAGCUAGACAGAAACGUUAUCAAUGUUUCUUACAAAUUAAAUUUAUUUUGUUUAUGCAUGCACAUACUUUUUUCGAAGUACAUUUCCACUGUUUUAAAUGUAGCAAAGUGUCUGUGGCAAUCGGUCAAUCAGGCGAUUGGUUUGUUGUCAAAUA